CCGCGCUGUUGUAAACUGUAAACAUUGAAUCCAAAUCCAAAUCUCAAGCCUGGCUGCCCUUCAAACCUCAGUCAUCAAAACGUCUCGCUGCAACAAUGGGACACACUUUCUACGACGGCACCAUCGUCGUGGUCCGAGCUAUCCUCAACUCCCUCUCCCACAUCCUCCACCAAGCCGAGCUACAGCCCAAUUCUAGCACUCUGCUCCAGGCCCGAUUGUACGAGGACAUGUACCCAUUGACCGACCAAGUGCGCCUAGCGACGCAAUUCUCCGAGAAUCUGGUCGCGCGCGUGACCGGUCGGGAGCCAGUGACUUUUCCAGGCUCUCCUACUUCAUUCGCUCAAUUCUACGAGCGCAUUGACACGGUACUCAAAGCGCUCGAUGAGGCUGACAAGGACACCGUCAAUCAGCAAGCCGAUAUUCUUGGCCCGACGAAGCUUGGCCCUGAUAAGACGGCUGAGAUGAACGCUGCUACGUAUGCUCAUCUCAUAGCCUUGCCGAAUAUCUACUUUCAUCUUUCGACCGCGUAUGGCAUUCUACGAAAGGAGGGUGUGUCGUUGGGUAAGCUGGAUUACUAUGCCGGCUUCGUUCCUCAGCUUGCUGGAGGUCAGUAGAAGAAGGUCUUUAGAUGCUUAGUCUUCUGCCUGGUGGUGAUGCUUCUGAAAAAAUCAUCAAAAAUGAUAUAGGUGCACGAGUAUAACAACAAAAGGUAAUGUUGCAAAGCAGCGUUCCAACAUGCUACUGACGUAAAUUUUAUGACCAUAUAGACAAAUCAAGAGUAAAAGAAACAAAACUCUAUAUACAAAUAAAUAAGACGCCAUCAGUGUCAUCAAAAUCAUACCAUCAUCAUCAAUAUUAUAUCCUUCGUAGUGUAACAUGUUCUUUUGCCCCCCAAUUUAACGUGGAUCGACAAUACAUCAAUACAAAAAACAGGUUAGUCAAGCGAAUUCGAGACAGAAAGAUGAGUCUAUUAAGUGUCUCAAACAGGCUUC